UUCUAUUGUGAAAGAGAAUAAAAUUGAAUUGAAUUGAAUUGAGGCGCGUAAGACUGUCCAAUAUUUUACAUAAUAGACAGUUUGAGGCUUACAUCUUACUUAAAACACACACCCUCUUUGUGUUAAUAUUGGACAGUUUCAAUAUCUGUUCAGUAUGUGCAAUCAACCACGAAGGCUAUUGAUACAAUAAAGGACAGUGGAUAUGUGUGCAAGUGCAUGCAUUACAGGUGUGUGAAAUAUGCCCGAGUAGACUUUAGUCUCAUUUGAAUAAUGUCGUCCAACAGUGAAGGUGCGUUCCCAACACAGUCCCGGUGCAGUACAUUUUGAGCAUCAUCAUUCAGUAUUGAAAUGGACUAAAUUCAAAUAAUGUGAUUGAUUUAUUGAAGAAAGAUAUUACAGUAUAUUUCUGGGAUUAUAUCUGUGAGAGAAUGAAAUGAAAGAAUUAAACCACACAAUUAAAGUGAGAAAAUUCAAGAUUUCAACACCACCUCCAAAAUAUUUUCAUCAAAGAUAUAUCACAGCUAUAUAUCUGGGAUUAUACACGAAUAUCUCAAGGGAUGAUAAGAAAGAAAUUUUGUGCACACACAUUGUGGGAAAAACGCAAGAUUUCAACUGCCCUCAACUCCAAAGUGUUAUUGCCAAAAUUACGAAUUCAAAGGAAAUUACAAUCAAUGCUGGAAAUGUGUCUCUCAGUAAAGUGUUUGGAUAUGUAUGCAAUUAUAUGGAUGUUUCAUGUAAAACGAGUGUUCCGUGAUUCAAACCAUCUUUCAAGGAAAAAAUAUAGUGCAUGGGAAAUAUGACUGUCGGAAUAUAAAUACCGGAUAUACUUUAAGAAUGUUGAUAUUUAAAUUCUGUGUUACAUUUAAUAAAUAUUUAUUUUCACAUUUAUUCUAUUACUAUGUUUUCCAUUGUACAGCAUAAUUAUUUGCUCAUUCAAAAACUUACCUUUUGCCGUCCAAUAAGUUACCUGUAGCCGUCCAAUAAGUUACCUGGAGCUGUCCAAUAAGUGGAUUCUUUUGUGUACUUAUUGGACAGCUACAGCUAGGUAACUUAAUUCUGUUGGAUAUAUAGAGUACGCAAAUAACAAUGGAUGACAUCACAGCUGUGUUUUAAGGUCGUUUAUUGGUCCACAUGCUCGUAGAGAUGUACGACUGUGCAUGGCAAUGGUAGUACCAUCUUAUUUAUUUGAUGAAUCUAAUAAAGUUUAUAUUAUUAACGGAGCUAUAAAAAUUGGGUACUUAGAUAAAUUCAGACCAAACGUUACUGAUGCUAUAAAAGAAAUGAUGGACAUGAGACGACACAGGAGGCCUUUGCGAGAUUGUGUUACCACGAGAAGCUGUGAGAACGAUCCAAGAAUUCGGCAGAUAAAGCCAGUCGUCUUUUUAUGAAGAUGUAAUGUAAGGCAGAUUUAUCUUUAAAGUCAAUCCCCCGUGACCCCUGAACCUUCCAAAUGUGUACAUUGCGGUAUAGCUAACUGUGUGCCCCUCGCACACACGUACACACAUGUGCGCGAACGGGAGAUAUCACCCUAGAGACGCAGCAUGCACUGGGAACAGGCCCGACAGCAGAACGGCGCAGUUCAGGGUAGGGUUACAAAGUACGUUUCCACUCCCGUCACCCUCCCAUGGGUAGUAUACACAACGAUCCCGGCCCUCAGUGGUAGUUCUCCGCCCGGCCCCCACACUGGCUGAAACACAUAACUUCGACAAGUUUAUAUAUGAUCUGGAGGAGUUCAGACCUAACACCCAACAAUGCGGCACCCUUUAGAUCGGAGCAACAGGGAUUAAUAUGCUGAAGGGACUGAGUUAUCUUGGCUGGCGAGUCGUGCGGUUGAUGACAAUGAAGGGGUCCUUGGUGGUCCGGUUGGCCAAGUUUAUGAUUUUUCUGGGCACGUCCUUGCUUCUGUUCGUGUUCUAUCAGGUACAUAGGUACUCUGGACAACUCAACUUCACAGGAGUUGCCGAGGCCCCACGUGUAGGAGGUCACAGCCGUGGUUACGACCUCCAGAUGAAGUUUCUCGUAGACACGCCGCACUGUAAACUCCCAAAUCUUGAUCCAUUCGAUUCAUCUGUUGUAAAAUAUCUUCGUCAAGGAGCCUUUAUAAAGUGUGAUCGCUAUUUGCCUUUGACCUAUGCAAAUGGAACUCGGCUGGAGAUCAAUUGGACAGCCAUUAUUCAUUCAAAAGACAGACACUAUUUUAGCUUUUGUAAGUACCAACCGAUUCAUCGUCCACCUUUUGUAGAGAGAAAUAACUACUAUAACUAUUUAGAGGAAAGUGCCGCGUUUAACACGUCACAGAUAAUGCGUUAUGACUUCGUAAGAGUAAGGUGUUAUAACAGAGGCGGUGGGUUGAUGUACACAAACUUCCAUCAGUUUGUACGGCCAAAACCAAAGCUGGACCGGAAGUGCAAGCGGACAUUCCAGAAACACCGGCAGGAAACGGGCGUAAAGGAAUCUCUAAAUGUGGCUAUGAUAGGGGUGGACUCCGUUUCUAGACUUAACUUUAUGCGUUAUAUGCGGCGGACCAAGGACUACCUGGAGAACACACUGGGCGCUAUAGAGAUGAAGGGCUACAACAAGGUGGCUGAUAAUACGUUUGUUAACAUUGUCCCCAUGACGCUUGGAAAAUUCUUGGAGGAAGUUCCUUGGAACGAGACACUAAAUGACAUCCCGUUCGACAAAUACGACUUCAUAUGGAAGCAGUUCUCAAACCGAGGCUUCCGUACCCUUUACGCUGAGGAUCAACCAGCAAUCGCCAUCUUUGAUUAUCUUAAGGAAGGAUUUCACCAACAGCCUGCAGAUUAUUUCAACCGCCACUUUAGUUUAGCCAUGACAAAGCAGAAACGACUAUGGUACAACGAGGGCAAAUGUGUAGGGACAAAGCUAGAGACACAAAUUAUGCUCGAUUAUGUAAAGGAUUUUAUGUUAAUGUACAAGAACCGUCCGCAUUUUGCGUUUGCCUUUAUCACAGGUUUGACACAUAACGUAUUGGAGCACACCGCAGUGGCGGACCUUCCCUAUCGGACGCUGCUCGCCGAUUUACAAGAGUCAGGAGCUCUCAACAAAACUGCUGUGAUAUUUUAUAGUGACCAUGGAAUACGAUUUGGGAAAAUUAGAGAAACGUAUGUAGGCAAAUUGGAAGAAAGAUUACCAUUUAUGUAUGUGAUACUUCCGAAAUGGUUUUUGGAAAAAUAUCCAAACAUAACGAAAAAUUUGAAGAUUAAUUCAAAUCGCUUAACAACGCCUUUUGAUAUUUACGAGACAUUGCGUAAUAUACUGAAUUUUACAGGGGAAACCAGAACAGUUCCCGCGGAACAGAGAGGGGUUAGUCUCUUCGACGAGGUGCCUUUCUUACGCUCGUGCCAGACGGCGGGAAUUCUUCCCCACUGGUGCACGUGCCCAAUCCAUCAGACCAUGUCGACCUCUCACCCCCAAGUACAGAACAUCGCCGUCAACAUCGUUCUGUCUAUCAAUAAACAAUUAGACGGGUACUCCAGCAUGUGUGCCUACCUGAACCUGGAUAUAGUGCUCAACGCAACAAAACUUAUUCCGUCAGACAAAGUGUUGCGUUUUGAGCAAAGUAAAAAUGACGUCAUCAAUCGACACGUCAAAUACGGUGAACGUGCGAAAGCGUACGUUGAUUUCCAGUUGACUUUACGUGCUCGCCCCGGGGGUGGUCUAUUCGAGGCCACGGUCCGGUUCGACGAGAGGCGAGACGAGUACCAGAUGCUUAGUGACGUCAGUAGAAUUAAUUUAUACGGGGACCAAUCGAAAUGUAUAGAAAAACAUAAGUUAAAAAAGUAUUGUUACUGUACAAAUCCUUAAUAAAUUAUUGUUAAUUAGUUUUAAAGCUAACUUCAAUUGUAUUGUUUGAUUGUUUUCAUAUAUUUUGUUAUAUGGGUGACCAAUGGAAU